UUUAUAGAACCUACAAAACAUAAUAAUAAACAACUUCUUUUUCUGUUCCAAACCCCCGAAAAAAUGGCAUCUUUUCUCUACCUCUCUACUUCCAACUGCCUCUUCCAGAGACCUCCUCCCUCCCUCUUCCCUGCUUCGGCCAUCUCGCCUUCUUCUUCUUCUUCUUCUUCUUCUUAUAAACCCCUUCUCCCCCGGCGCCGGCGGCGGUCGCGCCUCUGUGUGGCGACCCCCUCUUCUCCUGCCGCGCCGACUCCCGCCGUGGAAGAGAGCCAAGAAGCCGAGGAGGCCUCGUCGUCUUCGCCGUCGGAGUCUUCGUUCUCGUGGAGGGAUCACUGGUAUCCCGUCUCCCUCAUCGAGGAUCUCGACCCUCGGGUCCCCACCCCCUUCCAGCUCCUCAACCGCGACCUCGUCCUCUGGAAGGACCCCAACUCCGGCGAUUGGGUCGCUUUGGACGACCGCUGCCCCCACCGUCUCGCCCCACUCUCGGAGGGGAGGAUCGACGAGACCGGUUGCUUGCAGUGCUCGUAUCACGGGUGGUCCUUUGAUGGGAGCGGCUCGUGCGUCCGGAUCCCACAGGCCUCGAGCGAGGGGCCUGAGGCGCGAGCUGUUCGAUCGCCGAGAUCUUGCGCGGUCAAAUUCCCCACACUUGUCUCGCAGGGUAUGCUGUUUGUGUGGCCCGAUGAGAACGGGUGGGAGAAGGCGGCUGCCACCAAUCCCCCCAUGUUGCCAGCAGAAUUUGAUGAUCCCAAUUUCUCGACCGUGACUAUCCAGCGUGACCUGUUCUAUGGGUACGAUACGCUGAUGGAGAAUGUCUCAGAUCCGUCGCAUAUUGAUUUUGCACACCACAAGGUCACUGGAAGAAGGGACAGAGCUAGGCCUUUGCCAUUUAAGUUGGAGUCUAGUGGCGCUUGGGGAUAUGCUGGUUCAGAUGCUGGGAAUCCACGUAUCAGUGCUAAAUUUGUUGCCCCUUGUUAUGUUAUGAAUAAGAUAGAGAUUGACACAAAACUGCCAUUUCUUGGUGACCAAAAAUGGAUUAUAUGGAUCUGUUCCUUUAACAUUCCUAUGGCCCCAGGAAAGACUCGUUCGAUCGUGUGUAGUGCUCGUAACUUUUUCCAAUUCUCAAUGCCAGGUCCUUCCUGGUGGCAGCUGGUACCCCGCUGGUAUGAGCAUUGGACUUCAAACAAGGUCUAUGAUGGUGAUAUGAUUGUCCUCCAGGGUCAAGAAAAGAUAUUUCUUUCUAAAAUGAUGGAGUCUUCUACUGAUGUCAAUCAGCAGUAUACGAAGAUCACAUUCACACCGACCCAGGCUGAUCGUUUGGUUCUAGCAUUUCGGAAUUGGUUGAGGAGAUAUGGCAAUGGCCAGCCAAACUGGUUUGGCCAUGCUAGCCAUCAGCCUUUACCUUCAACGGUCCUGUCCAAACGUCAGAUGCUCGACAGAUACGAACAACAUACUCUCAAAUGCUCAUCGUGCAAAGGUGCCUACGAGGCCUUUCAGAUGUUGCAGAAGCUAUUUAUAGGCACAACAAUAGUUUUCUGUGCUACUGCUGGAAUUCCUUCAGAGUUCUCAAUUCGACUUCUGUUAGCUGCAGCUGCCAUUGCCAGCGCAGCUGUGGCUUAUGCUUUGCGUGAACUCCAGAAGAACUUUGUCUAUGUGGAUUACAUACAUGCUAAUAUUGAUUAACCCAUCACAGGGGAGGGACCUUCAAACGAGAUUUGCUAGAGCUGGUUUCUGUGUACUUGUUAGAUCUAAUAAGAACUGUGAGAUGUAUGAAGCUUCUGUAAGUUACUUGUAUAGCCAGAGUAGCACAGUUGUAGAUGUUAAACAUUCUCUCUUGAUGAAGUGUGAAUCUCUCACUUUCUAUUUGGUGAUGCUUUAAUUUAUCGAUGUGGGAUAGUGGUCGAAUGAAGUAUCAAUAAUCUUUGGUUCUU